CUAGAACGCAAUUGCCGGGCCGACGUUAAUUAAACUAUGUCCACAUUGGGAAUUAAGUCAUUUGAGAAUAUACGAGGAAUGGACGCAAACCUGUUUCCAAGCUCUUGGGCUUACUGGUUCGGCAACUGGUUCGCCAAUUGGUGCGGCAACUGGCUCGGCUUAAAGUUCGAUAGGCGGUUCGAUAAAAAAAAAUGAAUUCCUGUUUUAGUUCUUUUCGGUUCGGCUUCAAUCCUUGCUUAAAAUAAUUACAUAACUAUAUUUAAUAAAUUUUUAAAGUUCGUUCUGAUCAACUUGUAGUCAUUUGUAGGAUAUUAAAUGUGCAGCUGCUUUGCGAUCAGCUUGACGGGCUUGUUAAUUUUAUAAUUUUCCAAUUAGCAUGUCUGCGGGCCCAAUAAGCAUAUCAAUAUAUGCUUAGGGCCACGCCCUCCAGCUAAACUGUAAAAUGCUCCAACGCGGAAACGUUAGUUUACUUAAGCAGAAAUAGCAGAAGGUCGAAUACAGUUUUAUGUAAAACAUAAAUAAACAAUUUGUGCCCGUGUCUAAAUAUAAAUGCAUAAACUUUACUUGAGUUCAUAUAAAACAUUCACGAAUAUGACGACUGCCAUUAAAGAGCACAAAAUGCUGUUAAUUAUUGCACUAUUCAGUGUCUGUGCGACCGGAGCACAUGCUCAGUCCUAUCUGUUAACCUUGGAGAACGUUCUUACGCGCCAGCUGCCAUAUAAUCUAACGACUGUGAAUGGUACAAACGAGACGGAUCUGUUUGCCGAGCAAGUGGAUAAUAAUACAAGAAUAUUUGUCUACAAAAAUACAGUUGUUGAGCCCAACAACGAACUAUCUCAGACGGCAAUGGAUGUGAUUACCAUUGUGUGGUAUGUGGCCACAUUUCUGGCACUGGCCGCCUUCUUUAUGCUGAUGGCCUGCUCGGAUCGACGUUGUCGGGAUAUGCGUGGUCGUCAGGCGAAUGCCACGCCCAAUGAGACACAACGUGCACCGCCGACGCCGUCGCCAUCGUACAGUGAAUUCGCGCCACCGAGCUAUGAUACGGUUAUCAAAAUGCAACAUGCGGCCAAGACGAGCAUCUUUGUGAUACCCUUCAACAGUGAGGGUAAGGGCAAUGAUGAGCCGAAUGCGUCGCCCGUAUCCCCCGCACCCGCCAGUAUCUACACAAUUGAUGAGCGGCCAAAGCCGCAGAAGUGAUAAAACUUUAGCUUUUAUCCGUAUGCGGGUUGUAUAAUUAACAUCUCUGUGAUAUUUACUGUGCAUGCACCUGGUGCCACAUGCAAAAUGCCCUCGUUUUGGCCAAAAGCGAAGCGAAGCGGACAUUUUUGUAGUGCAGUGUGAAAUGUAUUAUAAUUAAAUGUAUUUUGUAGCAAUUGUUAAAGAUUAACUGUAAGCGAUAUAUAUAUAUAUUACUAUUAGUUGAAAUGUUAACAAAGACUGAAUGACAGAAUAUGCAUACAUAUUUUGCAGUAGUCCAUUUAUAUUUAGUA